AUGCAUCAUAUGGGCCAACGAAAUGCACCUAUCGACGCAUUUCCUUUUUGCUCUUUUCCUUUCAAGAGCGAGCUUAUUUUCAUUGUGCCAUUGUUUACACCAUAUUUCAGCUGUUUCGUCAGAACAAUGAUGCCUCAGCCUACAGCGCCUCCUUUUGGAGCUGAUUUGCCUCCAUCUUAUGAAGUCUCAAAUACCGAUGCUCCUCCAUCAUAUGAUUCACUCUAUGGAGAAUUCAGACAGGUGGAAGAUCCAAAAGGAUUGUUUUCAUUUUUGGGACGAGCAUGGAAAACGAUCACUGGAACAGUGACUGCAAUGAUUGCGAUUGCUCUCCUUAACAUUUUCCCGAUAGUUAUGAUUAUCAUCGGAGCUGUGAAUAUAGAUAACUGUGAAUUGAAAACAAUUAUCCCGAAAUGGUUGAUCGUGACAGGCAGUGUUCAUCUCGUGAAAAGCGCAAUGACAUAUUACUUCAAAUUGAAGAAAAUCGAAAACCCUCCGAGUCUCGCCAAAUCCUUCGAAACACUCUUGAAUUUGUUCAGCACUAUUUGGUUCAUCCUUGGCAGUAUUUGGGUUUACACGAGUUUCGGGGAUUUCAAUGGGAAAAACUGUGAUCGUUUCAUGAUGUAUUUCAGUUUCGUUUUCGUCACAGCAACUUACGCGAUCGCGGCAUUAAUGUGUUGUUGUAUUUGUUGCUGUUGUUGUUGUAUUUGUUUCAAAAGAGCUCACGAUACAGUACCACCCGUU